UCCAAAAUCUGCAAACUAGCGCGAAACUUAAUCGACCACAAAAAACACCAAUUAUCACGUCGCAAACUCCGAAGUAAAGGGAAAUAAAAAAUCGGACCCUGAAGAACCAAUCUGCAGUGAGAUUCACGGGACGAAAUCUACGGAGGUGUAAUUUUUAGUUUUCUAUUUUUGUUUAGUGUUCAUUUGGUUCUCCAAUGGAGAUGAAAAUUUUCACCCCGUGAGAUAAAGAGUUUAAGCUGCGAGUAACUACUUAAAACAACAGGACUCCUAUUUGGCGCGACUAAUACAUUUUGUUUCUUGCUUCGAAAAAUUUUAAACCAAAUGAUCCGUCGCUAUUCAGCCAACCCCCGCAAGCUUCUCAACAAAAUCCCAAAGCAACCACUCUCUUCUUCUCCCAAGCAGCACUCGGAGCAAGAAGACACUCUCAUAACCUCCCUCCUCCAAAAAUGCCCAAACAUGACAACUCUCCGCCAAAUCCAUGCCCACUUCCUAAAGUGCCCCUCCCCAUCUUCCCAUUAUGCCCUCUCCAAGAUCCUCGCCUUCGCCGCCCUCUCUCCCUCUGGCGAUAUCGCUUAUGCCCGCCGCGUGUUCGAUCAAAUUCCCCACCCGAACAUCUUCACUUGGAAUUCCUUAAUCAGAGGCUGUUCUCUAAUCCAAACCCCAACAAAAGAACCCAUUUCAAUUUAUAAGCAUUUGGUCAAUUCGUGCUUCCCGAGCCCGAACACAUUCACCAUUGCCUUUGUUCUCAAGGCCUGUUCGAUUGUUAUGGCCUUCUUCGAGGGACGGCAGAUUCAUUCCCAUGCUUGUAAGUAUGGUUUGGACUCCAGCCCUUUUGUUCAGACUGGAUUGCUCUCAUUUUAUGCAAAAUGUGAGGAGAUUUCGAUGGCUAAGUUGGUGUUUGAUGAAAUUACUGAUAGGAAUUUGAUUGUUUGGAGCGCGAUGAUUAGCGGAUAUGCGAGGAUUGGGAUGGUUAAUGAGGCAUUGGGAAUGUUUAGGGAGAUGCAAGAGGUGGGGAUUAGCCCGGAUGAGGUUACGAUGGUUAGUGUUAUAUCGGCUUGUGCAAAGGUGGGAGCUUUGGAUUUGGGGAAGUGGGUUCAUGCUUUUAUUGAUAGGAAGGGGAUUAGAAUUGAUAUGGAGCUGAGCACUGCACUUAUUGAUAUGUAUGCUAAGUGCGGGCUAAUAGAGAAGGCGAGAGAGGUGUUUGAUGAGAUGGAAGUAAGGGAUACGAUGGCUUGGAGCUCAAUGGUUGUUGGAUUGGCAAUUCAUGGGCUUGUGAAAGAUGCUCUGGAGCUCUUUUCAAGGAUGUUGCAGAUGAAGGUGAAGCCUAACCAUGUGACAUUCAUUGGCAUUCUCUCAGCCUGUGCUCACAGUGGAUUAGUGAGUGAAGGCCGAAGGCUUUGGUCAACGAUGCGAGAGUUAGGCAUUGAACCAAUGAUGGAACAUUACGGGUGCAUAGUCGAUCUAUUAUGCCGAACAGGUCAUUUUGAAGAAGCUUACACUUUUGUCAAUAACAUGCCUAUUUUUCCUAAUUCAAUAAUAUGGAGGACACUUCUUGUGGGAUGCAAGAACAGUAGGAGUCAUGAUAAAGCUGAGAUCAUAGCCAAGCAUCUUCUUGAGCUAGAACCUCUCAAUGCAGAGAAUUAUGUGCUCCUUUCUAAUGUGUAUGCUUCAGGCUCUCAAUGGGAGAAGGUGAGUGGCAUGAGAAAAAAGAUGAAAGAUAAUGAGGUUAAAGUUGUCCCAGGGCUGAGUUCUAUUGAGAUUGAUGGCUAUGUCCAUGAGUUUGCUGUGGGUGAUGAAUCACACCCAGAGAUGAAGGAGAUAAGGAAGAUACUAAGGGAUAUUUCUGAGAGAGUUCAACGCACUGGUCAUCAGCCAUGGACUUUAUCAGUCCUUCAUGAUGUGGAUCAAGAAGAAAAAGAGAAUGCACUUUGUGAACACAGUGAGAGGCUGGCAAUUGCUUUUGGCAUGUUGAAAACUAAGGCGCCAGUGGUGAUUCGAGUGGUGAAAAACUUAAGGGCUUGUGUGGACUGCCAUGAGGUUACAAAAAUCAUAAGCAAACUAUAUGGAAGGGAGAUAAUUGUCAGGGAUCGUGUCCGUUUUCAUCGGUUUGUUGAAGGAACUUGUAGUUGCAAUGAUUUUUGGUGAUUAUUUGUAUAGCAAGAUCAUUUUCUUGAUGCCAUGUAAGUGGUGUGCACUCAUAUUAAGUCUUCUGAAGAUGGCUAGGCAUAUGGAAACCAUAUGGGAGAUCCCUGGAAAGAUGUGGAAUGGCUCCCAUGUUGUGUUCUUGUUUUCAAGGAUAUAAACAGAUGAACGUUGACAAAUAGGCAUCUCCAGCAUUCAUGCUAAACUCCAGAAAUCUUCAAUAAGGGAGAAAAGGGUCUAUCAUUGACAUUAAACUCUUGCUCGUGUUCCACAACCUUAUUUUUGGAGAAACUGUUUUGAAUGACAAUUGAAGAUCUUAAUGCUGUUUGCCUUCGUUUCUUACCGAUCUGAAGAUCAGCGGGCUUAUGAAAGGUAUUUUUAUGAAGUUUCUCUUCUAUAAAUUUCAUUAUAUAAAAUCAAUAAUGAGUGGCAGUUCAAAAGAUAUGAAAUGUAGAAAAAUGAUAGGAAAGGAAAAUUAAAGGAUACACAAGCAUAUUUUCGAAUGUUUUCUCCAUGUAAUAUCACUCUUGUACAACAUAAGCUUGUUUUCGAAGGAUUCCUGUUGAUGCUCACAAAAUAUUAUCUGUAUCCAGAGCAUUUCUAUUGGUGCUUCUUGCUAAUAAUGAUCAUUCUCAUAGAUAUUAUUCUACAUUUCAAGUUUGUAUAUGUGAUCAGCCAUCAUAGUUGCUUCUUGCUUUCUUGUUCUGACCUUCCAUCUUUUAUGAAUGCAAGGUCAUAGAACACCCCUUGUAUUUGAGAAUAGAAUAUGUUACUAAGUGAAGUAUGUAACCAUCUUGAUUUCAACAACCUUGUUCAUAGAAUUGUUCGAAAUAUAAUGGAAUAUCAUGGAAUCACUUUCUGCUUUC